AUAAAAAGUUGGGAAGCACUGAUCUGCAUUAAAGGCCUGACCACUGAAAUUGUACUGAUUGAUGUUCGAUUGGAUCGGGAUCCAGAUUGGCCAGCCUGGAAAAGACAUACCAUCAUCAGUAUGGGAACAGGAUGUGUCAUAUGAUGGUUCCUUAACUGAAGUGCACAGAAUUGCUUUUCAUUUUAAAAGGGUAACAAGUUUCCCCUCUCAAUCCAUGUUGCUUUGGUUAUAAAAGUGGGCACAUGGGCACACCACAUUACUCAUCCUGCCAUCGUUAUAAUAAAAGAUUAGAAUGUUCAAAACAUACUGGGCAGAAGAAAUAUGGCAAGUAUCCAUUACACAGGACAAGGGAUUUUUGGCAACAGAUGAAAUGAAGAGAGAUACCAAGAAAGGGAAGGAGGUAGAGUAUUAUGAAAGCAAGAGCUGAAAGAAAAAUAGAAUAUCAAUUAAGAUGUAUAUUUGCAUGUUGUACAAAUUGAUUGGUUUUAAGCAAUAAACAUCCACUUAAGUAUAUCCUCUAUAAGUAAAAAGAUUGCUUAUAAAAUACAAAGGGAACACAUCGGUUCAUUCAAAUUUUAUUAAAUACAGCCAGCCAUCAUGGAAAAUGAACAUGAUUCUCUCUUUUCUCUCUGUAUUAUGUCUGCUCUGUUUUCUUAACACCACUGUCUCCUGCCAUGUUGCUCAUCAUGGAUGCCCCAGAACAGUGGCCUCAGGCACAAAAUGAUAGGGCCUUUAAGAUUCAGAGCUCUCAGCUAAUUGAACAUCUUUCAGAGUUUCAAUUUCAAGUCCCCAGGACAGAAAAUAUAAUUGGCCUACCUUGAGUUAGUGUCCCAACCAAACUUUCCAGAGAUUGGAAAGCAUGUGACACAUAGUUUCCUCAUCUAGCCUGUGGACAAGGCUGGUCUGUAAGAAGUGGGUAUAAGUCAAGAGGAAAUGAGUGAAUUAUCUUGUUCAGUACAUAAAGAGAGAAGACUUGUUUGAAAAGCAGUUAAUUGCUGUCCCAAUCCUUGGAGGAUAAAAAGGAGCAUAACAUAUGCAUAAGCCCCUUCUUAAAAAAAAGGUUGGUAAGAUGUAAUAGUUAAGAAAGGUUGAGUCAGUUUAUAACAUGAGCUACUUUUGCCCCGGGCAGCUUUAUUGCCCCAAUAAAAUUUAUAGACAAUUCUCACCCAACAGGAACAAGGGGCUUUAGGAGGUGAGAUGAAGUACGUGACUGGAACUUUAAGUAUACAGCCAAAAAUUUCCAUAAGGUGUAUAGUAUAGACUCAUAUACAUUGGUAUAGACACCUUGGGCCAAAGUCUGUUUCCCCUUAAGAGCCAGCUAGCAUCAUGAUAAAAGUCUGUUUAGGCCGUUGCCAAAUCAACCUGGUGAUUUCCAUGAAGUUCCACUCAGUUCAACUAGCUUGGUAACCACUGAUGUUCAAGUGUCUUAGUUUUCCCACGGUUUGUCUUGAGCCCUUCCUGCGUCGCAGGUGAGUGAUAGCAGGGCAUUUACAAGGAGGAACACCACCAGGUGUAGGUAUACUGAAUGAGACUGGUAACAUCAGAAGCUCUUAAUGGUUUCUAGUCAUCAAUACAUGUAUGUCACUUUGCCUAAAGGACCAAGGCUUGGUUGACUUGGCACCAAAUGUAUAUUAAAAUAUAGAUUAAAAAUUAAUUUGUAUUACAGCAUCCAAAAUAAACUGCAUCUAUAACCUGAUGCUUUAAUUUUUGAGCUUAUAAAAAUCAGCUGCUUAGAUAACCAAAUGCCUAUACAGGAAUGUGUUCUCUUGGGAUUCGGACAUAGGUUCUUUAAGUUUGAUAAUCAUGUUGGUGUGGGUCCACCUUAUUGGUGAGCCAGAAGGCUAUUCAAUAAGUAGACUUCUGUAAAGUAACUUACCUAGCAAUAGUAGAUUCAUAAUUGAGUAUCUUGCUGGCAGUCUCUCUCAGUUUAUAUGUUGGGGAGUUGUGCUGGGUCUUGUAGCUGUAGCUGAUUGUCUUCUGUACUUUGCCUCUCGGUAUUCGAGGAUUUGGAAUGGGGGCCAGGGAUGCUGGUCUUAGGUUCAAAGCAAAGGCUGUAUUUUUUCAUCAGGUGGAAUGCCAAAUGAAGCUGAACAACUCUCAGAAAUGGCCAGGAUAGCCACUUUAUCCUAGAUGGAGCCAGUCAACCCCUCUUUAAAACUGAUUACAAAAAGCAACUUUUUUUCUAGUCUAGGUCUUGGUCAAGGAAACUGAAGUGGUGGCAUAUUAGCAAAUUGCCUUCCUUCUUUCUUCUUUUCCUUCACUGACUGCUUAUAUAUUCCAGGCACUGUUUUAGUGUUAGGAUACAGUGGUGACAAACAAAAUCCUUGCCUUUGGAGUGUGCAUUCCAUUGCAGAGAUAAAGACAGUAAAUGUGUAAACAGUAAAUAAAUCCAAGAACUUCUAAGUUCUAUGAAUACAUUAACUUGCAUAAUGGGGCAGAGAGUAAUGAGUUGGGGCCAUUACUCUCUGGGAGUAGGGAGAGGAAGAAGCCAUUUGAAUAACUGAAAAAAGGCCAAGGGAGAAUAAUACAAGAUGAGGUUAGGGAGGUGGUUAGCAGACUGGAGCAAUUAUAGACUAUGGGAGAGGAGUUUAAAAAGGAAAACAGUUCGCUCUGAUUUGUAUUACUCUGGUUGUGCUGUUCGCAGAAUGACUGGAGUUUGGAGAGGCAAGAGCGGAAGCAGGGAGACCAGUUAGAAGUCCAUUACAGUACUUGACGCCCCAGAGCCAUCUUUCAUCCUGUUUUUCCUGACGAAAAGAUGAAAUCCCAGUGAGAGAAGUGACUUGACCAAGUUACCGAGCUGGUCAAUGCAGAAGCUGAGAUCAGGAGCUCCUGACUGCUCACCUGGUGAUUUUUCCCCUCAGCCACAUUUUCUGUUUCUCUACUGUGGUAAAAAUAAAAGUUUCUCUGUCAUUCCCAGAAAAAUGGAUCAUUUAAACUUUUGGAGGACUGAGUUAUCACAGUACUUCUCUACUACCAACUAAGAUUUAUGACAGUCAAUUUCUAACAGCAAAUUUCCAUGUUAUAGAACUGUUGAAGAACUAAAAGAAGAUAUUCUUUCAUCAAAAUAAUUCUAUGGUAUCAUGAUAUAACUAAAUAAAUUUAAAAGCACAGUUAGUAAAUUAUUAAAUUUGCUAGUACAAGCACACAUGUGCAUCAGCUACUGUAUUCUGAUAAUUACCGAACCUCAAAUAUAAAUGGUUUGCCUUCAAGGCAAAAGCCAUUAUAUAUGAAAGAAACCACUGAACAUUGUUUUUAAAUAUACUUUCAGCUAAGUGUCAUUUAGGAGAAUUCAUGAAGCAAGUUCUAGAAAGUUCCAAGUCCAAACAGUAAGUGGUUUUGAUAUUAUGGCAGCAACUUACAGACUUGUGGUUAGUACUGUGAACCACUACAGCAGCGUGGUGAUAGACCGACGUUUUGAGCAAGCUAUACAUUAUUGCACUGGAACCUGCCACACUUUCACACAUGGAGUUGACUGCAUUGUGGUACAUCAUAGUGUUUGUGCAGACCUCUUGCACAUCCCUGUGUCUCAGUUCAAAGAUGCGGAUCUGAACUCUAUGUUUCUACCCCAUGAAAAUGGGCUUUCCUCAGCUGAAGGAGACUAUCCCCAGCAGGCCUUCACAGGCAUACCCAGGGUCAAGAGAGGAUCUACAUUUCAGAAUACCUGCAACUUAAAGGACAUUGCAGGAGAAGCAAUCAGUUUUGCCAGUGGGAAAAUAAAAGAAUUUUCCCUUGAAAAACUCAAAAACUCUAACCAUGCAGCUUACAAAAAGGGAAGGAAAGUUAAGUCUGACUCAUUUAAUAGGAGGUCAGUUGAUUUAGACUUGCUUUGUGGCCAUUAUAACAACGAUGGGAAUACCCCAUCUUUUGGUUUACUGCGGAGUUCCUCAGUUGAGGAAAAACCUUUGUCUCAUAGAAACUCGCUUGAUACGAACCUGACUUCCAUGUUUCUUCAAAACUUCUCUGAAGAAGACUUGGUUACUCAGAUUUUGGAAAAACAUAAAAUAGAUAAUUUUUCUUCUGGGACAGACAUAAAGAUGUGCUUGGACAUUUUGUUGAAAUGCUCCGAGGAUUUGAAAAAAUGCACAGACAUCAUAAAACAAUGCAUAAAGAAAAAGUCAGGGAGUAGCAUCAGUGAAGGAAGUGAUAAUGAUACAAUUUCUAGCUCCGAAGCUGUGUAUAUGAAUGUAAUGACCAGGUUAGCAUCGUAUCUGAAAAAGUUACCAUUUGAAUUCAUGCAAUCUGGGAAUCAUGAGGCUCUAGAUUUCACAGAACUGAUUAGUAAUAUGCCUAGCUUACAGCUGACUCCCUUCUCCCCAGUAUUUGGCACUGAACAACCCCCUAAAUAUGAAGAUGUUGUUCAGCUCUCAGCUUCCAACUCUGGACAAUUUCAGACUGUUGAAUUGCAAGAUGACAAGCCUAAUUCCAGGAAGAUGGACACUAUACAAUCCAUUUCAAACAACUCCACAGAUUCCUUAUAUAACUUAGAGGUAAAUGAUCCUAGAACCCUAAACGCUAUCCAGGUUCAAUCACAGUCAUUAACCAUGAACCCUUUAGAAAAUAUUUCUUCUGGAGACUUAAUGGAAACUCUUUAUAUUGAAGAAGAGUUAGAUGGAAAGAAAGCAUUAGAUAAAGGACAACAGACAGAGAAUGGACCCAGUCAUGAGUUGUUAGAGAUAAACGAACGUAGAGCAGAAUUUCCAGAACAUGCCACUCAUCUUAAAAAAUGCCCUGCCUCAAUGCAAAAUGAAAUUGGUAAGAUAUUUGAGAAAUCAUUUGUUCAUCUGCCUAAAGAAGACUGUAAAUCAAAAAUUUCUGAAGCUGAAGAGGGAGAUCAGAGAGAUUUUACAAAUUCCAAUAGCCAAGAAGAAAUAGAUAAAUUGUUAAUGGAUUUGGAAUCAUUUUCACAGAAGAUGGAGACUUCUCUAAGGGAGCCACUUGCGAAGGGUAAAAACUCUAAUUCUUUAAAUAGUCACAGUCAGUUGACUGGUCAGACUCUUGUAGAUUUUGAGCCUAAAUCUAAAGUCUCUUCACCCAUAGAAAAAGUCUCACCUUCCUGUCUAACAAGGAUUAUUGAAACCAAUGGACACAAAAUAGAGGAAGAAGACCGAGCCCUCUUACUGCGAAUCCUGGAAAGCAUUGAAGACUUUGCUCAAGAACUAGUUGAAUGCAAAUCAAGCAGAGGGAGCCUAUCACAAGAAAAGGAAAUGAUGCAAAUUUUACAGGAAACCUUGACAACGUCCUCCCAGGCCAAUUCAUCAGUCUGUAGAAGUCCUGUUGGUGAUAAAGCCAAAGAUACUACUUCAGCAGUUUUGAUUCAGCAGACUCCAGAGGUGAUCAAGAUUCAAAAUAAACCAGAAAAGAAACCUGGAACACCACUUCCACCUCCAGCCACCUCUCCAAGUAGUCCCCGACCUCUCUCCCCCGUUCCCCAUGUGAAUAAUGUUGUGAAUGCACCAUUGUCCAUAAACAUUCCACGGUUCUACUUUCCUGAAGGACUCCCAGACACCUGCAGUAACCAUGAACAGACUCUAAGCAGAAUUGAAACUGCUUUCAUGGAUAUUGAAGAUCAGAAAGCAGACAUUUAUGAAAUGGGGAAAAUUGCAAAGGUCUGUGGCUGUCCUCUCUAUUGGAAAGCCCCCAUGUUCAGGGCUGCAGGGGGAGAGAAGACAGGAUUUGUGGCAGCACAGUCAUUCAUUGCCAUGUGGAGAAAGUUGCUGAAUAACCAUCAUGAUGAUGCCUCUAAAUUCAUCUGUCUUCUAGCAAAGCCCAACUGCAGCUCUCUAGAACAGGAGGAUUUCAUCCCUCUACUUCAGGAUGUGGUGGAUACACACCCUGGUCUCACGUUCCUGAAAGAUGCUCCAGAAUUCCACUCUCGCUAUAUCACCACGGUUAUUCAGAGAAUAUUCUACACAGUCAACAGAUCUUGGAGUGGAAAAAUUACUUCGAUGGAGAUAAGAAAAAGCAACUUUUUGCAAACCCUAGCACUUUUGGAAGAAGAGGAAGAUAUAAACCAAAUUACAGAUUACUUCUCCUAUGAACAUUUCUAUGUUAUUUAUUGUAAAUUCUGGGAACUAGAUACUGAUCAUGACCUCUACAUCAGCCAGGCUGAUCUGUCUCGAUACAAUGAUCAGGCUUCAUCAAACAGAAUUAUUGAAAGAAUCUUCUCUGGGGCAGUAACAAGGGGAAAAACAAUACAGAAAGAGGGAAGAAUGAGCUAUGCAGAUUUUGUUUGGUUUUUGAUCUCUGAGGAAGACAAAAGGAAUCCUACCAGCAUUGAGUAUUGGUUCCGCUGCAUGGAUGUGGAUGGGGAUGGCAUACUCUCCAUGUAUGAGCUGGAGUACUUCUAUGAGGAGCAGUGUGAACGGAUGGAAACCAUGGGAAUAGAGCCCUUGCCAUUCCAUGAUUUACUAUGCCAGAUGCUUGACCUAGUGAAGCCAGCCACUGAUGGCAAAAUAACUCUAAGAGAUCUGAAGAGAUGCAGAAUGGCUCACAUCUUCUAUGACACUUUCUUUAAUCUGGAGAAAUAUUUAGACCAUGAACAGAGAGAUCCCUUUGCGGUCCAGAAGGAUGUUGAGAGUGAUGGUCCUGAGCCCUCUGACUGGGACCGGUUUGCUGCUGAGGAGUAUGAGACUCUUGUUGCGGAGGAAUCUGCCCAAGCACAAUUCCAGGAAGGCUUUGAAGAUUAUGAAACAGACGAACCUGCCUCACCCUCUGAAUUUGGAAACAAAGGCAAUAAAAUAUUAAGUGCAAGCCUUCCAGAGAAAUGUGGAAAACUUCAUUCAGUGGAUGAAGAAUAGCUGCCAGUGUCUGCAGUGAAAGGAUGUGUAUUUUAAAUGUUUCUUGUGAAGAGAUGUUCUCGUUGGCAUACUGCUUUUUAAAGACUUUGAUUUCUCCAAGUGUGUAUCUGUACUAAGAACUUUGUUUUUAAGCAAUAGGUCUGGAUACACAUUUAACUUAGGAGACUCCUCCAAUUUGCCUCAAACCUCUUACAGAGCGUUUCCUCAGAAGUGGUACCAUUGCCUUCCAAAGUCAGCACUCUACACCCUUGAAUGUACCAAGGAUCUCCUGGGGACAGUGCCAAGCACAGUUCUCUGCACAGAAGCUGACUGAGGUUGCCUCUGUGUUGGCUUGCAUCCCUGAGUCCCCUCCAGGCUCCUAUGGAGCCUAGAAGAAACCUUCACUUGCAGAAAACUUGAGUCAAAAAAUUCUGGAACUUGAAAUAGUAGUAAGGGCCUCCAGAAUUGACUUAGCCCUAGUAAUAAAAGCACUGCCAAAGCAUCUCAGAGACUUCUUUUAAUUACAUGUGUACUGGAGUUCAAAGAUCUUGAACUUACCUGGCUUAAUGUAAUUUCACGGUUACUGCCAAACCACUAGUCACUUUACAUCCUCAGGUAUCGUAACCACUGGGCCUUCCAACAUUGCUGGCAAGCUCUGGUAACCUCCCUGUCCUGACUGUGGAUCUUACAUAAAAUCUCAAGAAAAAACAAUUUCUUAAAUGAAGACAAGUACAGAAUUUGACUCAUAUUUCUUGGAAAAAGCCCUUUUAACUAUCUUAUUUUCAAUGAAUUAUUGAAUGAUGUAUUUAAUCUCCAAAUCAUGUGAUAGUUUUCACUCGGAAGGCCUGCUUGAAGACAUAAAGGAAUAAUUAUACAUUAAAAUUCUUACUAGAAUUUUCUCCCAGAAUUAAACUAGCUAAUCGUAAAGGCCUAUCUUAAACGUUAUUCCUUAGUUCAUGUUGAAAAAACUACUACUACAGAUAUUUCAUCCACUUCCUUACCAAGGAAAUGGAAAAUAGUGAUACACCCAUAAAAGCAAGCUAUUAUUUACUGUAGUUGUAGAUGUAUUCACUACAGAAUCCUACAUUUUUCAGCAGGCCACAGUCCAGCCAAAUCCUAUGAUAUCCUUGAAGAGAAGCUGUUAAAAAGGAUACUUCUGAUGUAAGUAAAACCUCCAAGCAACUUAAUAUCUGUCAGUCAUCACCUUUUCCCCUCAAUUUUUAACUAGUUCUGAAAGUGUCAAAAAUUGGUUCCCUCCUUGCUAGCAUAAAGGCCAAGCAGUGAAAUAAAUCUUGGGUUAGGGUUAUGGUAGGCAAAAAGCAAGAGAAUUUAGGAAAUACACUAUGAACUAGUACAGUAAGAGUUAAUCCUAGGAAUCCUGCCUACCAAUCUCCUCCCAGUUUCUUGUCACUUUAACUUCACGAUUAGAACUGAUCUUCUAUUUAACUGUUACAGAAAGCAGUAACUAUUCCAACUAUUUAAUAGUUCACACAAAAAAAUUAAAAGCUUAAAAAAGACAAUUUUUAGGAAAUACAAUAUUCAAUAAUCUAAACACAUUGACAAAUUAUUAGGAUUGAUUAUUUAUGUGAUAAAUGAAAUUUCCUCCCAAUCCCAUCUAGCCUUUACCAGGGAAGAAAAGCUAUUAUUUCAGAUAGAAAUAC